AUGUUCCCUUCCCAGUCCUUCAUCAACAUCUCCUUCUUGCAGCCACAGUAUUUCCUCAUGGCUGGCAUAGAGGUCAUCCAUGGCUGGAUCUCCAUCCUUGUCUCCUCCAUGUACACUGUGGCACUCACUGGAAACAGCCCCAUACUACUGGCUGUAAAGAGGACCCAUAGCCUACACCAUCCCAUGUACUACUUCCUGUGCAUGCUGGCCCUAAGUGAUGUGGGUCUUACCUUGUCCACAAUGCCCUCUACCCUGGCUGUGCUCUGGUUUGACUAUCAUUUCAUUGGCUUCCACACAUGCCUAAUACAACUGUUCUUCCUACACUCUUACUCUGUGGUAGAGUCUUCAGUACUCUUGGCCAUGUCAUUUGACCGCUUUGUGGCUAUCUCCAAUCCACUGCGCUAUGCAUCUGUCCUCACUAAUAAUGUCAUCAUCAGAAUUGGGGCUGUCAUUGCAGCUCGAGCCACUCUAUCACUAUUCCCAGUGCCCUUCCUGCUGAAGCGACUCAACUAUUGCCCUGGCAAGGUCCUCCUGUCUCACUCAUUCUGCUUCCAUGCUGAUGUCAUGAAGCUGGCCUGUGCUGACAUUACUGUCAACAUCCUGUAUGGACUCUAUGUAGUUCUGUCCACAGUGGGUGUAGACUCCUUGCUUAUUGUUAUGUCCUAUGCCCUGAUUCUUCAGACAGUGAUGGGGCUAGCCUCUCCAAGGGAACGUGUCCGGGCUCUCAACACAUGUGUUACUCAUAUCUUGGCUGUUCUGGUCUUCUAUAUUCCAGUCAUAGGUGUGUCCAUGAUCCAUCGUUUUGGUAAGCAUCUGCCCCACAUUGUUCAUGCCCUUGUUGCAUAUGUGUACCUUGUGGUACCUCCUGUGCUCAACCCCAUCAUCUACAGUGUCAAGUCCAAACCAAUAAGGGGAGCCAUGUUCAGAGUACUAAGACGAAAAUACCAGACCUGA